AUGAUAAAUUUAGAAGAAUUAUAUUUCCAGUUUUUAAAAAUUAAUUAUCCAAUAAUUGAUAAACAUAUUUUGAAAAAGAAAUUUAUUUUUAAUGUCGGAUCAUUAGCUCAUUUUAAUACUCAACAUCAUUUACGCAGGGCAAAGAUAACGGCCUUGAACGGUAGAAAACCGAUAAAAUAUGGUGAAAGCGGUUCCAAAACGUCGCCGGAAUCCGUCGAUCCAGAAAUGUAUAGCACUAAAGGUAGAUUAUUUAAAUCGGUUCGUGAAAUUACAUUAUACAAUGAACAUUCAUUCAAACAUGAUUUUUUUCGUAUUGCUCAAUCGUUUCCAUUUCUUACAAAAUUAACUAUACAUAAUUAUGAACCACAACAUAAUCAUCAUUUUAAACAACCAAUAAUUAAAUAUUUUCAUCUUGUUAAAACUUAUCAAGAUUAUCUUGACGAAUUUUUAAACAAGACAAAGACAACGGUACCGUAA